CGCAAGAGAGAGAGAGGGAGAGAGACUGGGCGCGCAUGUCCAGUUCCUCCAUGCAGACUGUUCUCCCAGCUCGCCAAUCAUUUCCAGCGAGUUUCCCCGCUCUUUCCCUCGCUCCGUCUCUACAUGUGCACCGGACGCGCGGCGCGAUCCUGAGCGGCGCACACUGCGGGGGCAGAAACGCGCGGAGCCACCAUGGAAUAGGAAUAACCGGCGGACGUAGCGGGGAGCGACCUGUCUCAUCUUUAAUCUCCUUUCUCUUUUUUCUCCAUGACGCCCUUCUCUUCGCCCCCCUCCAGCUCGAUGUCUCUCAACAGUUUCUGAAGGAAGUGAAGGAAAUAGAAAAUGAGGAUUAAUAUUUUUUCUUGGCACUUUCUCGGGGUGUGUUCUGCCCUUUGGGGGCUGGCGACGGGGGCUUUCCCCAGCUCAGUGCAGAUAGGUGGACUGUUCAUUAGGAAUACUGAUCAGGAGUACACAGCAUUCCGGCUAGCUAUCUUCCUUCACAACACCAGCCCCAAUGCUACAGAAGCUCCCUUCAACCUGGUGCCGCACGUUGACAACAUAGAGACUGCCAACAGCUUCGCUGUCACCAACGCAUUCUGUUCUCAGUAUUCAAGGGGGGUCUUCGCCAUCUUCGGCCUUUACGACAAGCGCUCGGUGAACACGUUGACGUCGUUCUGCGGGGCCCUGCACAUCAGCCUGGUGACGCCCAGCUUCCCCACCGAAGGAGAGGGCCAGUUCACCCUGCAGCUCCGUCCGUCCAUCAGGGGCGCUUUGAUCUCGCUGCUGGACCACUACAAAUGGGACAAAUUUGUCUUCCUCUAUGACACAGACAGAGGUUAUGCAAUACUGCAGGCAAUUAUGGAGAAAGCGGGUCAGAAUGGAUGGAAGGUGAGCGCCAUCUGCGUGGAGAACUUCAACGAGGCGGCGUACCGGCGGCUCCUGGAGGACCUGGAUCGACGCGACGAGAAGAAAUACGUCAUUGACCUGGAGCCUGAGCGGCUGCAGAGCAUCCUGGAGCAGGCUGUCAGCGUGGGGAAACACGUGAAAGGAUAUCAUUACAUCAUAGCAAACUUGGGCUUUAAGGACAUAUCGCUGGAGCGCUUCAUGCACGGCGGGGCCAACGUGACCGGCUUCCAGCUGGUGGACUUCAGCAAGCCCAUCGUCAUAAAGCUGAUGCAGCGCUGGAACAAGCUGGAUCAGAGGGAGUACCCCGGAUCCGAAAGCCCUCCCAAGUACACUUCCUCUCUAACGUACGACGGCGUCCUCGUGAUGGCCGAGGCCUUCCGCACCCUCCGCCGCCAGAAAAUCGACAUCAGUCGGCGUGGCAACGCCGGCGACUGCCUGGCCAAUCCAGCUGCUCCCUGGAACCAAGGAAUAGACAUGGAGCGUGCCCUCAAGCAGGUGCGCAUUCAGGGCCUGACCGGUAACAUUCAGUUUGACCACCACGGCCGGAGGAUGAACUACACCAUGGACGUGUUCGAGCUGAAGAGCAACGGACCACGCAAGAUCGGCUACUGGAACGACGAAGACAGACUUGUGCUGGUCCAGAACGAAAACGGCUUGUUCAAUGAAAGUUCAACGAUGGAAAACCGCACCGUAGUCGUGACGACCAUCAUGGAGUUUCCCUAUGUGAUGCUGAAAAAGAACGCGGGACUGUUUGAAGGCAAUGAGCAGUAUGAAGGGUACUGCGUGGACUUGGCCGCGGAGAUCGCGAAGCACCUCGGGAUCAAAUACAAGAUCUCCAUCGUGUCGGACGGACGAUAUGGCUCCAGAGACACGGAGACGAAGAUAUGGAACGGCAUGGUGGGCGAGCUGGUGUACGGGAAAGCGGAAAUUGCAGUGGCGCCGCUGACCAUCACUCUGGUGAGGGAGGAGGUGAUCGACUUCUCCAAGCCCUUUAUGUCUCUCGGUAUCUCUAUCAUGAUCAAAAAGCCCCAGAAGUCUAAACCAGGAGUUUUCUCCUUCCUGGACCCUCUGGCCUAUGAGAUCUGGAUGUGCAUUGUGUUCGCUUACAUUGGAGUCAGUGUUGUGCUGUUUCUGGUGAGCCGCUUCAGUCCAUAUGAGUGGCAUGCAGAAGAACCAGAGGAGGGCACCACGGAGCAGGGCCCCACUGACCAGCCUCCUAACGAGUUCGGGAUCUUCAACUCUCUCUGGUUCUCGCUGGGAGCAUUCAUGCAGCAGGGCUGCGACAUCUCACCGCGGUCUCUGUCUGGGCGUAUUGUUGGGGGAGUGUGGUGGUUCUUCACUCUUAUCAUCAUCUCGUCGUACACGGCCAACCUGGCCGCCUUCCUCACCGUGGAGAGGAUGGUGUCGCCCAUUGAAAGUGCAGAGGACUUGGCCAAACAGACGGAGAUAGCGUACGGGACGCUGGACUCUGGCUCCACAAAGGAGUUUUUCAAGAGGUCCAAAAUCGCCGUGUACGAGAAGAUGUGGUCCUACAUGAAGUCGGCCGAGCCCACCGUCUUCACCAAGACCACCGCCGAGGGGGUGGCGCGGGUCCGCAAGUCCAAGGGGAAGUACGCCUUCCUGCUGGAGUCCACCAUGAACGAGUACACGGAGCAGCGCAAGCCCUGCGACACCAUGAAAGUCGGCGGGAACCUGGACUCCAAAGGAUACGGCAUUGCUACACCGAAAGGCUCACAGUUAAGAAAUGCGGUCAACCUGGCCGUGCUAAAGCUCAACGAGCAGGGCCUCUUGGACAAAUUGAAAAACAAGUGGUGGUAUGACAAAGGAGAAUGUGGCAGCGGGGGAGGGGAUUCCAAGGACAAGUCGUCCCAGGCUCUGAGCCUGUCCAACGUGGCCGGCGUCUUCUACAUCCUGGUGGGCGGCCUGGGCCUGGCCAUGCUGGUGGCCCUGGUCGAGUUCUGCUACAAGUCCCGGGCUGAAGCCAAGCGCAUGAAGUUGUCGUUUUCCGAAGCCAUGCGGAACAAGGCCCGUCUGUCCAUCACAGGAAGUGUGGGGGAGAACGGCCGUGUCCUGACGCCAGACUGCCCCAAAGCCGUGCAUGCUGGCCACGCAUCUCUCCGACACCCCGGCCUUGCAGUGGUCUCCUCCGGACUGCCCUGAAAACCAAAAAACACCUGGCGUGCCUUAACAUCACACCAAACGCACACACACGCACGCACGCACGCACACACUCACACACCGUCUACAUACAGUCAACCACAUAUCAGUCAUACGCCCACACGCAUAUACAGUAGCUACAGAGACUCUCCGAUACAGACACUGAACACAGUUGUAGACACUUGAACACUGCAUCAUCAUCUCACCUUCCUGCUGCCACUGACUUACAGUCAUUUCAAGAGACAAGUGAAAUACAGCUAUGGAGGAAACCAUGGAGGAACAACAACAGACAUCUCUGACUAUCACACUUGCCUGCAGCAAUUUAAUUUUUUUGUUUUCUGGGAGAACAUCAUCAUAACAUGAUGCCAACAGACGACGGGACAUCCAGCACAGACCCAUUGGACAUGAGCUGUGAACACUACAGCAACACUGAUUAUGAUGAUGAUGAUGAUGAGGAUCACAGCUGAAGGCUGGACAGCGGCAGCCGAUGAGCCGCACCCCUCGACAACGCCUUACGACAACCACAGUAGAAACCUUGUUUUCAUCAUCAUCACGGUCGCCAUCGUCUCACGUCGCCUGCAAAGACUGAGUGUCAGGUAUUACAUUGCUCUUAGACGACCGGGAAAACUGUACGCUCGAGUGGACUGUGAACUCGCCGCUUUGCCGUGGACUGUACAAACUGAAUGAAAAACGCUUUGUUUAUUACGCAUAAUAAUAAGAGUCCUUCACCUCAAACCAGCGGGAGAAUCCGAUGAACCGAGCGGCCGGUGUGACGUCACGCGGGGGAGGGGUGGGGGUGGGGGGUGGGGGGUUGUAAAUGAAAAUUCAAAAACCGCAGUAGUUAACGAAGUGCAUCAUCAACAGCAUCAUCACGACAGUAAAAAUGCUAAAAUAGCAGGGCGUGACCGCUUUGCCAGGGCCAGGUGGGUUUGAAGCUGUAUAUACAGUGAUGAAGGGACGCAAACACAACCUGGGUCGGUCUCAGAUGGCGAACACUAACUGCUUCCCAAGCACAUCGCAGAUAAAAAACCUUGGAUUCUGAGGGAUUUGCGUCACGCAGUAAAGUUGAGUCCUCACGACUGGGCGGUGGAAGGAAAAUUAAAAAUCCAAAUUAGCUUUGCUUGAAGAGAACUAAACACGUUGGUCUAAAAAGGGUGGGUGGGGGUGGGGGGCUUCUUACCACUACAAAGACCCACAGAUUAGAUCCAAUUCACGCAUGGACCCGGGCGAGUGGUUUUGUGCUCAUUUGAGAUCCUCAGCCUCCUCCAGCGGCCGGAGAACGGACCGGAACCAGAAAGCUCGCUUUUUAAAACUGUUGUAAAUAACCGCGUAGCAAAACAGAACUCACCUGUCUUUUUUAAUCAUCUUAGAUAACAAUUCAUUGCAAUAAUGGAAAGAAAAGAUAAACUACCACUACUUGUAAUUAAGAACAAAUCUUUUUUUAUAAAUCUACAUAUUAUAUAUAAUACAAAUAAUAUAUAUAUAUAUAUAUAUAUACGUCUAUAGAGAGCUAUAGAAAACAUUGAUCACUGAUUGUCAGAGGCCAUGGCAUUCACUCUGUUAUGUGGCGGUUUCUGGCCAACUUGGGAAUCUGAUCCGUGCUCAACACUGAAUGUCCAUCGAAUCCACACGGACACGCGUAAACGUGCACACGCGCACGCGCGCACACGGCACCGCGACGGAGGCGUUCCUUUCGCUUUUCUGUCUCCACGUUCGGUCCCCACGGCUCCUCCUCGUCUCAAAGUCCCCUCUGUUGAAUCCACCCCCCGUCGACGAGCUGCCGAGGCCUCCGGAAGCAGCGUGUCGACGCAUGCGCUCAACACCGGCGGCGACACAAUGGCAGCGGGUCCGUGCGCGUCCCCAGAGCCGAUGGGCCGCUGCGAUCGCGGACCGUGGGUAAACAAUGCUGUCUGACAUUUCCAGGAGCGCGGCGGCGUCUGUGUUGUGUUUCAAAGCGCCUCGCUGCUUUUUGCCAUUUGUCAAAUCACCGGAUGUGAGCGAGCUACAGAUUGAAAUCCACGGGUCAGACUGAAGGUCAUUUAUACAUUUUGGGACAUGAUUGGAUCCAUCAGGCUGAGCAGAAACAAUCAGAAACUUCUAGUGUGGUACAACUGUAUAGUAGACGCUAUAUUACCACACUUGAGGAUCGGAGGCGGUAAUCACUUAUUUCUGCACAUUACAUUUUUUUGUAGCUCGUUCUAAAUAACAAUUUAAAUCUUUCUUUUACAAAUAAACACACCCGUUUUUCACAGAUUGAUUUUUUAUUCACAAGCUAAAUUGACAAAUUGAUUUAUUUAAUGAGUGAAGGGGGUCUGAAUUCUGUCUAUCACAUUAACAUUUGAGGAACAAGUAAACAAUAAAAUAUAUAAUCUUGAAAUAUUUAUGGCCAUAACCUCUUUGUUCUAAUACAGUUUUAGCAUGGGGGCAUAUAGUGUCACAAUAGGCUCUAAUACAGUACGUGGACAUGAAAUAUAGUUUUUAUCAAAUGUACUGUUUUUUCUAUCUCUACUUUUAUGCCCCUCCUCUCCGAUUGUUGCGCCUCAACAACAACAAGAAACGCACUGUUGAGAACAUUAAAAAUCCGCGUUUCCUCCGCUGUUUCGAAAACUCCAACAACAAAAAAAUGUGUGAGCCUUUGACGUUGCACAUAAAACACUAAAGAUCUAAGCUACAUCUGGGCUUCAUUACACGAUCAUUCAUUAUGCAUCGGUACAUUAAAUGUACAGUGUUCAGGUGGAGGUCAACUGACGGACAGACCAUUACAGAAUAAUAUGAUGAAACAAUUCUCAUUAUGGUUGAAGAUGAAAACAUGAGGCCGUUUAUGACCAUUUUAACGUCAGCCUAGAGGGAAGUGAUGCAGCCAGAAGUACUAGAGCCAUCGAGUGGUGGUAAUAGUGUCUUUCCACAGUGGAUUCAUUUGUAAAGAGACAGUUAACCCUCAUUAUGCUAACACCUGACCGGCCACCGGGCAGUUACACUGCACAUGAUACUGUUGUGUUCAUUCCCCCGCCCCCUCCAGCUCAUAUGAGUUCACGCGUAGACGGGAGAAAGCUGUCGACACACUGGCUUGAACAUUCUGUUUCUUGAGUUCUUUCUUUCCAUUUGGUAUCCUUUUCUAGUAAAACAUCAAUGCUGAACCUGC